AUGGAGAAUAACAACAAGAACACGGGUGAACAGCUGAAGCCCAUGCAUAAAAAGCAUGUUUUUUUGUUUUACUGCGUGGAAUGUGAAGAACUUGCCCGUAAAGUUGCUGCUCACUCCCACCUCAUUACCCUUCAAUCUAUCAACUGGAGGAGCUUUGAUGAUGGAUUUCCAAAUCUUUACAUAAACAAUGCACUUGAUAUCCGAGGUCAACAUGUUGCUUUUCUUGCAUCCUUCAGCUCCCCAGCUGUUAUCUUUGAACAGCUUUCCGUCAUAUAUAAUCUUCCCCGAUUGUUUGUCGCUUCCUUCACUUUGGUGUUGCCGUUCUUUCCAACUGGCUCCUUUGAGAGAAUGGAAGAAGAAGGAGAUGUCGCAACUGCAUUUACCAUGGCAAGGAUUCUGUCGAACAUUCCCAUAUCUAGGGGUGGGCCUACAUGCGUCGUCAUUUAUGAUAUCCAUGCUUUGCAGGAAAGAUUUUAUUUUGGGGACCAUGUGUUGCCGUUAUUUGAGACCGGGAUUUCGCUUCUAAAGCAGCGUCUUCAUCAGCUUCCUGAUGCUGAUAAGAUAGUCGUUGCAUUUCCUGAUGACGGAGCUUGGAAACGGUUUCAAAAAUUAUUGGAUAAUUUUCCGACGGUUAUCUGCACAAAGGUUCGCGAGGGUGACAAGAGGAUAGUUCGACUCAAAGAGGGCAAUCCUGCCGAUUGUCAUGUGGUGAUCGUUGACGACUUAGUGCAAUUGGGAGGCACUCUCAUCGAGUGCCAGAAAGUUCUGUUAGCUCAUGGAGCGGCAAAGGUGAGCGCGUAUGUCACUCACGGUGUUUUCCCGAAGUGUUCCUGGGAGCGGUUUACGCGAAAGGAGGAUGGUCAGAGCAGGGAUUUGCAUACUUUUGGAUAACAGAUUCUUGCCCCCACACGGUGAAAGCCAUUGAAAACAGAGCUCCUUUUGAAGUUCUAAGUCUUGCGGAAUCUAUUGCAGAUGCUCUACAAAUUUAAAGACAAAUUCCA